GCCGGAUUUCUGAAUCAAAACAAAAACACUGACAGUUGACGAAAAAUUAUUUGCGAGUAAGAAAACUUUUAUUAUUGAUAAUACUUACUUUUGUUUGUGUUUUUCAAAAUGCCGUUAAAACUAACGCAUUUGCAACGCUGCAUCAUCUCGACGGCAUUUUAUGUUGUGUGCUUCAUUCUUGAAAUUGUGGCUUGUGCGCUCAUCAUCGACAUGACCGACUCCGACUGCAUAGGAGCGCGUGAGAUCUCUACUUUCAUGUGGUGGUCAGGUAUUUUAGUCUUUAUACCCAUUAUACCGGAUAUAUUGUACUGCAUCAUGGGCAUACUAAUAUCGGAGCCAUUCUAUGCAGCACUGGGCGGUUGCUAUAACAUUGUGAUGUUCUGUGUGUGUGUGUUGGCUUGCAUUUUUGCCUUUCUCUCGGUUACGGGUUGUGGAAACCCGAAACAGACGACAGUUUUAGCUGUUGGUGUAAUUGAACUUAUUGCUGGCAUAGUACAUCUGGUGUUCAUAUGGUUUAUCAAGGAAAAUCUCGAUGAAGGCGAAGUUUUAUUUAGUAAAAAUUUUUAAAGAAAAUUUUGGAGACUAAUAUUUAUAUAAUCAACGAGCCUUACAUAUUAUAAUAGUAUGUGGAAAAACGGAAAGAAUAUUGCUUUUAAUUGAACAGUGUUUCUAGUGUAUGGGAAAUAAGGCUAUGUAUGUAUGUAUGUACAAAGUGAAGUUACACUGAAAUUUUAUAAA